AAAUAGACAAACACGGGGCAGAGAAUGCAGUGUAAUUCAUCUGUAUGGACACAUCCGACUUCCACAAGUGUAUGCUAAUUAGAGCGUUUUCUAUCCAAUCAGAUUUCAGCCCUGGUGUGGAGCAGCUGUGGCUCCAGUGAAAGGAGACUCGUUGAUUUUGGGUUUCUUGCUUUAGUAUUAACCACACGGAUUAAAUGUUCACUUGAUGCCUGAUAAUAUCGACCUAAUAACAGAUGAUGGAGGAUUUCUCCGGCCUGGCUUUGCCUCCUUUGUUCGGCGGUCACAUCCUGGAAGCCGAACUGGAAGCCGCGGGCGUCGAGUUGUCCUCGGGAGCCACCGAGAUCCUGGAGAGCGGCGGACCUCCUGAGGACGUCCACAAGGACACGAGGGACGUGGACAAGACGAAGUAUCAAGCCCUGAGCGGGAGGGUGAAGGAGCUGGAACGAGUGAACGAGAGGACGCUGGCGCGCCUUCACCGCGUCCAGAGGCUCACGCGCAGACUGAAGAAGGAGAGAAGGUUCCUCAUGAAGACCCUGGAUGCCUACGGGGACGAUUACAGGAACGCCGAGCUCGCCGUAUCGCUCGAGGACGAGCCCGAAGCCGCUUUGGACGCCGCCCACGGAGGAGACGAGGACGACGGAUCGUCCCCUUCCGUCGUUAACCAAUCGGCGUGCGGGGCGAAGAAAAGGCGGCACCGGGUCAAAGAGAGCCAGGCAGAGCCAGAGCUGUGCGCCAUCGGCGAGACGGCCUUCGCGGCGUUCCCGAGCCCGAACUCGCUCUCGCACUGAGCGCACGUCAACGGGGACGCCGGGAGACGCCUCGGGUUUCGAAAGGGGCGUGGCCAGAAGCCCUUUU